UACGGCAAAUCCUCCCGCUCGGGCCAUCAUCAUCAUCAUCCCCACAAUCCUAAUCAUUACUGAACCGAGGAUGUAACGAGGAUGAGAUCUUUUUCUUCUUCUUCAUUGCUAUAAAGAUAUCCGCUCUGCAUUGAUGGAUGCAUUUCGUAUUAUUUUUGGGCUGUAGUGUGUGCGCGAGCUCGGCUCUGGGUCACGACGUGUGUCGAGUGGACGGAUUUCCGCGCUGGGACACGAGAAACAAACAAAUGACCACUCGGUGAGAUGUGCAUUGAAUGGAAAGAGAGACACGCUCUUUAGCUGGAUGACCAGUACGACUUAAACUAUCGUUUUGCUUAAGCGGUUAACAUUUUCCUUUUUUUAACGAAGCUUGUUGUUUUGUUCAUGUCGUUAUGGGAAUGUGUGACCGGUGUCUCCGAGCCGCCCGUGGGUGAAAAGAUGUUCGCCUUUGGACAGCCAUGAGAUCAUUUUUGAACUAUUUCUCAGAUCUUUAGUCUUCUUUCUUUCUUUCUUUCUUUCUUUCUUUCUUUCUUUCUAAUACAUGUCCUAUGAACCGGACGUGAGACGGACCAUCAGGGACGCUUUUCACGCGCAUAUGUUCAUCUGUAUGUUUUCUCGGAUUUUUGCUUUACUAUAAUAAACAAAAGGACAUCCUGGACCUCUUUGUUAGCCAUCAGUAAAUAUCUGGGUGGAGGAGGAGGGGGGAAAAACAAACUGUUGCUGCCUGACCAGCUCCUGGGAUAUUUUUUAUUUUAUUUUUUUAUUUCUCAUUAACCCUGUUUUUCAACGAGCACAAAAUGGCCAAUGACUCGAUCCAAAGCGAUCCGGGUGGGUUGUCCGUGCUGGAACAGCUGGGUCUGGACCAAGGCUCUGACUUUUCAGAUGGAAGCGUUCAGCAGCGGCUGGACGAGGAGCGUGAGAGGAUCCGCCGGGAGAUCCGCAAGGAGCUGAAGAUCAAGGAAGGCGCAGAGAACCUGCGACGUGCAACCACUGACAAACGCAAUGCCCAGCAGGUGGACAGUCAGCUGCGCACCUCCAACCGGCGUCUCCAGUCGCUCCAGGUCCAGCUCCAGGAACUUGACGCCCAUAUUGUUGUCAAGGGAACGGAUGAGGCUCGUGAUGACGUGCCUCGGUCUCCCGGCACAGAGAGCCGUGCAUCAGCCCAUCAGGACCGCAUUGCCGCGCUGGAGAGGCAACUUAACAUAGAGCUCAAAGUCAAGCAGGGUGCAGAAAACAUGAUCCCUAUCUACGCCAAUGGCUCUACCAAGGAUAAGAAGAUGUUGCAAACCGCCCAGCAGAUGCUCCAGGACAGCAAAACAAAGAUCGACAUCAUUCGCAUGCAGAUCCGCAAAGCAGCGCAGGCCUAUGAACACAAUGAGGACAUACAAGGAAAGCCUGACCCGUGCGGCAUAGAGCUGAGGAUCGAGGAGCUGAGGCACCACUACCGAGUGGAGCACGCUGUCGCAGAGGGAGCCAAAAAUGUGCUGAGACUGUUAGGAGCCAGCAAAGUGCAGGACAAAAAAGCCAUGUCAGAGGCUCAGUGUCGUCUAAGCGAGUCCUCUCAGAGGCUGGAUCUGCUGAAGGUUUCUUUAGACCAGCGCUUAUCUGAUCUGCCUGAGGAUCAUCCCAAAGCCUGUCUGAUCAAAGAGGAGCUGGUCCUGGCGUCCUCUCCCACUUUCAGCUCUCGUCACGGCACUCCCUACCUCCACAACCAGUACAGCACCCUGUCCAAACCCUCCCCUCUCACUGGUAUGCUGCAGGUGAAUUUACUAGGCUGUGUGGGGUUGUUGGAGGUGGUUCCGGGUCGUAGCCGUGGCAGCCCGGUGGUGUUGCCGUGUCACAGUCCCGGUGAGGCUCGCUCCUUCAUGCGCAGUGGGAAAGGCCUGUACAGCCGCAGCGGCAGUGUGAGCGGCAAGAACACUCUGAAAACUGAUGAGCUCUCCUCGGAGGUGAGUGCCGUGCUGAAGCUGGAUAACACUGUGGUUGGUCAGACCGCAUGGAAGACUGUCGGAGAACAUACCUGGGACCAAACAUUCACUAUAGAUCUGGAAAGGUCUAGAGAAAUGGAGAUAGCUGUGUAUUGGAGAGACUAUCGCUCUCUGUGUGCACUGAAAUUCCUGAAGCUGGAGGAUUUCCUGGAUAACCAGAAACACACAGUUAAGCUGGAGCUGGAACCACAGGGCCUGCUGCUAGCUGAGGUGACAUUCUUUAACCCGGUCAUCGAAAGAGUUCCACGUCUCAAGAGACAGAAGAAAGUAUUCUCUAAGCAACAGGGUAAAGCUUUCCUGCGCGCCCGCCAGAUGAACGUGGAUAUCGGCACGUGGGUGCGGCUGUUAAGGAACGCCAUCCCGACCGUUAACAACACGGGAACCUACAGUCCUAAUGCAGCUCACACAAUACACACUGGGGAGAUCUCUGUAGAGAAACUGAGCCUAGACUCGGAUUCCCCGAUGAAAGUGGAGCUCAGGAGAGACAUGACAGAUGGACAGACACCGGAGAGACCACAUGUCACCGAGCCAAGCUCUCCUCAAGACUCUACACCUCAACGACCCAACAGAACAUACUCACUCAGCAGUAAACAGAAGAAAACUCCUCUGGGGCUUCAGGAUUUCAGGUUGAUCGCAGUGCUGGGUAGAGGUCAUUUUGGCAAGGUAUUGCUGGCGGAAUAUAAGAAAUCAGGCUUGACGUAUGCCAUCAAAGCCCUGAAGAAAGGAGACAUUGUGGCCAGAGAUGAAGUGGAGAGCCUGAUGUGUGAGAAGAGGAUCUUUGAGAUAGUCAACAGCUCUCAGCACCCGUUCCUGGUCAAUCUGUUCGCUUGCUUCCAGACACCGGAGCAUGUGUGUUUUGUCAUGGAGUACACAGCGGGAGGAGAUCUGAUGAUGCACAUCCACGCCGACGUGUUCACCGAGCCGCGGGCUGUGUUCUAUGCUGCUUGUGUGGUGCUUGGCCUUCAGUUUUUACACGACAACAAGAUUGUAUAUAGGGACCUAAAAUUGGACAAUCUGCUGCUCGAUACAGAUGGAUAUGUGAAAAUAGCUGACUUUGGCCUGUGUAAAGAAGGUAUGGGCUUUGGGGACAGGACCAGUACGUUCUGUGGCACUCCAGAGUUUCUGGCUCCGGAGGUUUUGACAGACACUUCCUACACACGGGCGGUGGACUGGUGGGGACUCGGAGUCCUGAUCUAUGAGAUGCUUGUUGGAGAGUCUCCGUUUCCAGGAGACGACGAGGAGGAGGUGUUCGACAGCAUAGUGAACGACGAAGUCCGUUACCCACGAUUCCUGUCGUCAGAAGCGAUCGGCAUUAUGAGGAGGCUGUUGAGGAGGAAUCCAGAGAGGAGGCUCGGAUCUGGUGAGAAAGAUGCCGAGGAGGUUAAGAAGCAGCCUUUCUUCAGGAGUAUGGACUGGGAGGCCCUCCUCCAGCGUAAACUUCCUCCUCCGUUCGUUCCCACUAUUGGAGACAAAGAGGACGUGAGUAACUUUGAUGAAGAAUUCACGACGGAGGCACCGACCCUCACGCCGCCACGAGAACCCCGCGUGCUCUCGCGCAAGGACCAGGACAGCUUCCGUGACUUUGACUACGUCUCCGACCUCUGCUGAGCUCCUGUCGUGGCCACGGCGAGGUCAGACCUCACGCAGGAGUCGUCUAGGAUUGUUUAUUUCUCCCCACUGUGAUAUUAUACAAAAAGACGGUCAUAACCACUACACUGUGACUCAGCGAAGACGAAGGGCUCGUGAGUGGAAGAAAAUGUGUGGAGUUUUACACUGUGAUGGAGGACAAAAGCGGCAAGAAACGUGGACUCUUCCUUUAAAUCUUCAUAACAUUUAUUCAUCUGUCAGACGUGAGCCAGAAUCCGAUCCAAGUACCAAGGACAGUGGCUUUCAUACAGUCCUGGGAUUUGAACUCCCAACUUUCCAGCCACGUGUACAGCGUCCUAACCACUGAGCUACCACUGCCCAUUUAAAACAAGUGAAAAUGUAGCCUUUUGUUGCUUCUCCAUCUCUGACUUUCAACCUCACAGCCAUUCAGUAACAGAAGAUCCUCUUUCGUUCUUACCUGACAAGGUGUUUGGACCCACUGAAACUCUUUUACAUUCUCAAAUACCACGAGAAUGCCUUAACUUUAUAUGCUGUCGAUUUAGACGCUGUCGAUUUAGAACCCUCUAGUCUAGUUGUCUUGUAAGCAUGUUUAGCUAAAAGAAAUGAAAGAUCUUGGAAAUGAAUGGAACAAUGUGACACAAGAAUCAUGACUUGAAAUAAAAUAAUGCUAUUAUAAUGCUAAAAUAAUGCUAAAAUAAGGCUAAAUAAUAUUAUAAAGACGUCAUCAUGAAAGCUAAAGAGAGCAUCAAGGGUUAAACUUAUAGAAUUGGAAAAUGCGUCAAAAAACUCCAGAUAUUAAUCAAACUCUGUAUUAUACUGCAGUUAUAACAGCCUGCACAUGGCAUUAUACACCAUUAUUUUGAACUUAUAUCAGAAACAGAAAGGUUUAAGACCGAAAUGAGUUGAAACUAACUCCUGAUCCUGUGCUAAACCUAACUUGAGUUCUGAAGUCUCCAAAACCAGCGUUCAUUAAACAUCUCCGAAUCUUCGAAACGUAUCAAUCAGCUCAUCUUAUGAGACGACUUCGAUUCUUAAGGAAACCAUACAAUAUGUGACAAUACUCCGUUACGAUAAACUACAGUUUGAUUUAGUAGCCUGAGAUCGAUAUGUCACCAUCUUUGUUUAGAGACUGCGGACUGAGGACGAUUGAGAAUGAGAGAAGGACUAUUUUAAGCUUUACAUCAACUUGCUAAAUCUAUUUACAGUUAAAAAAUAAGAAUUACUUUUUACACCCCAUGUCUCUGUCUGAUUCAUAAUCAGUUAAAAUUCAUAAUAAAUGAUUUGUAGUAAACUGGCGACCUGUCCAGGGUGUACCCCUGCCUUUCGCCCAAUGUGUCCUGGGAUAGGCUCCAGCAGAUCCCCGUGACCCUAAAUUAGGAAUAAAGCGGGUAUAGAAAAUGGAUGGAUGGAUUUGUAGUAGUUGCCCCAAUUCAGUCUAGUAGUUUUAAGAGUUUAAAUUGAUCCAAAUGGUUAUACCCCUGACUCUAGCACAUACAUUUUAACUAAGAACAGCUUGAUAUUUAACAAAAAAAACAAGGUUAGACCAAUACCUUUAAAAUUAUUGAAUUGACGGAAAUAACUGGUUUGGAUCCAAAAUUGAUGUGUGUUUUCUUUUAAUGAAGGAUGAGGUUUUAGUUUGUUUCUUGUUUUAGUUCUGUAGCGAACUAUUUCUCAUCCUUUAUUGUUCCAUUUAAACCCAUUUUAUUAUCCCCUCUCUUGGAAUCACUGGCUGUUGUAAUGUAAUAGUUUUUUUUUGUGUGUAAUAUGGACUUUGGCAUAUGAUGAAUACACUGUGACAAACUUGUAGCACAACUUCUUAGUCAACCUUUUGACCGCAGACGUCUUUUAAGGCUGUGCAUCAGCCAAUCGUGACAACCGGACAGUACAUCGAACAACACUCUGCUUCUGUUUCCAGUGAUCUGGAGGUCAGUAUGAAUCCUGCCUUUCCAGUGUACCCUUAUUACACGGCGUUUGAGAUGAGCUCUAUUUAUAAAAAUGUCUUGUACAAAACCUUUGUGUUUGUCUACAUGAAUAAAUAAAUAAAUAAAUAGAUAAAU